AUGGACCCAGCCUGCGGGAAAGUGGGGACGGCAUCGUUGUGCACCGGCGGCGGAACCGGCGUGAGUGCAAAGGCGCCUAAACAUCUGUGGAGGCAGCAGAACCAGCCAGCGCUCUCUCCGCUCCACCACGCGCUGGUAGUGCGCAAGAACGACCGCGUGAGACAAAGAGGCUUUUCCGACACCGAGAGAUACCUCAACCCGAGAAGCAUGGACCGAACUUACGCUGUGGACACGGGGCACCGACCCGGGCUAAAGAAAUCCAGGAUGUCGUGGCCGUCGUCGUUUCAAGGUCUUCGACGUUUCGACGUGGACAAUGGCACGUCAUCAGGUCGCAGCCCCCUGGACCCCAUGGCCAGCCCGGGCUCAGGCCUCAUCCUGCAGGCAAAUUUUGUCCACAGCCAACGGAGAGAGUCGUUCCUCUACCGCUCUGACAGUGACUACGACCUCUCCCCCAAGUCUAUGUCCCGAAACUCCUCCAUUGCCAGUGACAUUCAUGGUGAUGAUAUGAUUGUAACGCCAUUUGCACAGGUUCUCGCAAGCUUGAGAACUGUACGAAACAACUUUGGUGCAUUAACUAAUAUACAACAAGACAGAGCAUCCAAUAAGAGAUCACCCAUGUGUAACCAACCACCCAUCACCAAGACCACCUUCACAGAGGAGGCCUACCAGAAACUGGCCACUGAGACCCUGGAGGAGCUGGACUGGUGUCUGGACCAGCUGGAGACGCUGCAGACAAGACACUCUGUCAGCGAGAUGGCCUCCAACAAGUUCAAGAGGAUGUUGAACAGAGAGCUGACUCACCUAUCAGAGAUGAGCCGCUCUGGGAACCAGGUGUCUGAGUUCAUCUCCAGUACCUUCCUGGACAAGCAACAUGAAGUGGAGAUGCCAACCCCUCAGACGCAGAAGGAGAAGGAGAAGAAGAACAAGCCCAUGUCUCAGAUCAGCGGCGUGAAAAAGCUGCAACACUCCUCCAGCCUCACAAACUCUAAUAUCGCUCGCUUUGGAGUCAAGACCGAGACCGAGGAUGAACUCGCUAAGGAGAUGGAGUUUGUGAAUAAAUGGGGCCUUAACGUUUUUAAAAUCUCAGAGUUCUCUGGGAAUCGGCCACUGACAGUCAUGAUGUACACGAUAUUCCAGGAGAGAGACUUGUUAAAAACAUUUAAAAUUCCGCUUGACACCUUUGUAACAUACCUGAUGACCUUAGAAGACCAUUAUCAUGGCGAUGUGGCCUACCAUAACAACAUUCAUGCUGCUGACGUCACCCAGUCAACUCAUGUGCUGCUAUCCACCCCUGCCCUCGAGGCUGUAUUCACAGACCUUGAGAUCCUAGCUGCCAUCUUUGCCAGUGCAAUUCACGACGUGGACCAUCCUGGUGUCUCCAACCAGUUCCUCAUCAACACCAAUUCAGAGCUCGCGUUGAUGUACAAUGACUCGUCGGUGUUGGAGAACCACCAUCUAGCAGUUGGUUUCAAGCUUCUACAAGAGGAGAACUGUGACAUCUUCCAAAACUUGAACAAAAAACAAAGACAAUCCCUGCGAAAGAUGGUCAUUGACAUUGUGCUAGCAACAGACAUGUCAAAGCACAUGAAUCUACUGGCUGAUCUGAAAACUAUGGUGGAAACUAAGAAGGUGACCAGCUCUGGUGUGUUGCUGCUGGACAACUACUCUGACAGGAUACAGGUUCUCCAGAACAUGGUGCACUGUGCAGAUCUGAGCAACCCCACAAAGCCUCUCCAGCUGUACCGGCAGUGGACGGACCGCAUCAUUGAGGAGUUCUUCACCCAGGGUGACCGAGAGAGGGAGAGGGGCAUGGAGAUCAGCCCCAUGUGUGACAAACACAACGCCUCGGUAGAAAAGAGCCAGGUUGGUUUUAUAGACUAUAUCGUACACCCUUUGUGGGAGACGUGGGCUGACCUGGUCCACCCGGACGCCCAGGACAUCCUGGACACGUUGGAAGACAACAGGGAGUGGUACCAAAGCACCAUCCCCCAAAGCCCCUCUCCUGCUUUGGACGAUCCCGAGGACGGCACUCGACCCCCAGGAGGGGACAAGUUCCAAUUUGAACUAACCCUUGAGGAGGACGGGGAGUCGGACACUGAGAAAGACAGCGGCAGCCAGCCGGAGGAAGAAGAUGAUGAUGAGGAGGACGAGGAGGACGAGGAGGAGGACGAGGAAAACAGCUGUACUGACUCUAAAACACUCUGUACACAGGACUCUGAAUCAACAGAGAUUCCUUUGGACGAACAGGUGGGGGAGGACGGGGAGGAGGACGAGGAGGUAGCGGAAGAGGGGGAGACACCCUGCUCACAACCGUGUGUCGUGGAGGAAGAGGUAGCAGAGGAGGAGGAGAAAGAGGAAACCACACACACAUAGCAGUUUAUGGACAGCACCUGAUUAACUGUUCUUCUUAGUAAUGACAGAUGAUUAUUUAUAGAAUAUUUUUUGGGUUUUGUGGAGUCUGUCUGUGUUUUUUAUACUUCAAUGUUUAUGGUUCCAAAGCGUGCGCUGCUCUCCACCUUGGCCACUCCUCCUGUCAGCUUCGUUCAGACACGCCCACCGGUACUUCUUCAAGUUUUUUUGCACUCAGGAAAACUCCUUUCCAUUCCCGUUUGAACUGAAGUGAUGUGUCCUUAUUUAACUUUUACGCCUCCCCUUUACAAGCUUAAGUUCAGUUCAUGGACGAGCAGUUCACAGUCUGCUCGGUGACGUUCACACGAUACGUAAUAUCACAUUUUCCUUUCCUCCGCUUCAGCUCAGCCUUGCCUGAAAGUUCAGCAGUAUUUCUGUGUUUUAUCAAGUGCCCAUACUCUACAGAGACGGUUCAAGGAGAAUCUCCCUCUCGGUUAGGUCAUUUCCUCCCUCGAAUUAGGAGGCAUUAUAAGCUGCCGUUCCACUGAAAACCUGGUGGGACGCCGCAGAGAUGAAAGCUGCAGCACACUUGGGAGCUUUUCGAGACACAUUUCUGAUGUGGAAGUCUUCCUUUAAAACCUGACUAAUACAAAGCUCAAAUCUAAACCGCCAUGAUGCUGUCCUAGACCUCUUUAAUUUUUGUAUCGUACUGUAUGUAAGAUUCAGAUAUUUUCUAGAAUUUACUUUUGCAAUCCUAGGCUUUCUCAUGUCAGCAAGAAAGAUUAGAGAACCAAUGGGGAGACAUGUGUCACAGAUAUUCAGUGUUUUGAAGGGGUAUCUUUACAGCUGGAUUACAUUAGGAGUGUUUGCACUUGCUCCAAUAGCAUUUAUACUACUAUUACCAUGACACUAUACCCAUAUUCGGUUAGUCCUGUGAGAUUAAAUUUGGAAUCUAUUCAUAAUGAAAAUUAGUUUGGUGAGCGUUUUCACUGAGAAGGAAGCAGGAACCGGAAGUCCUAUGCUUUACUCUCGUUGAAAUGGUUUGUGGUGUGGAUAAAGCCUUUACUUUGUAUUAUUGUUGCCUGCAGUUCUUUUGAACACAUCCUGAGACAAUGCAAUGCUUUGUAGUUGAUACAAAAAGCACCUUUUUUUAGAAGCUUGAUUAGUGCUCAGAGUAUACAGAAAUACUGUAGUAAUGGUGUUAACAACUCCUGGGGUGAUUUUAUACCGAUGUUAUUAAAGCUUUUAUUGUCAUUUUAUUUUUAUUUCCCAUUUUAAUUGAUAUACACAUCACCAACAGUUCUCAGCAACUUUAUUUUCUGUUUAGCGGUAUGAAUUUACUUUUCAUUCAAAUGUUUCAUUUUGCCAUCACAACAUUAAACCCAGUUGCUGUCUUCGUUUUCGACAAGACAAUCAGCUCCGUUGCGUAGUCUUCAGAUCAGACUAUCCUCUACGUAGAUACUCUUAAUGCACUGAUAUAUUCAUAUAUCACCACUUUAAUGUUUUUAAUGUUUAAACUCGCCAAAACACUCACACUUAGGCGUGAACAGUGCUGUCUUACACCUCGGCCAAGACUCGCUUCCUUUUUUCAUGUUUUUAUCAUUUCUCACUUAACACCUGAUGCUAUUAUUUAUUCGUAUUUUUCUAUUUGUUGAGUCGUUUUUGCAAUAUAAAGGUGGUACAGUAAAUGUUUAACUGUAGCAUAGACCACAGUACAGGCUUGGCAGUUACAAUACCCAAAUAUACUUUUUUUUCUCUGUGUACAUAAAAUAUAGAAAAUCAACAAAUGUAAAAAACAAAAAGAAAAAAAACACUUGAAAUACUUUUAACGAGUGCUUGAUUCAAUUAAGUGUCAUUUCAAACUUUUUAUUUAAUCUUUCAUUUUGUGCCAAGAUUUUAUUUCUCUUUUUUCCAUCCUCACCCAAUGCCCUUACCUGUAAUAAAAUGUUCUGGUUUUAUCGCUGUUUACAAACAUAUAUUUAUUGUGCUGUAUAUAAUAUAUAAUUAUUAAUGUUAUUACUAUCAUAAUGCCGUUUGUUGUAAAUGGUUGAUUCUUAUCAUCCCUUUUGGUGAUGGUGUGGCUGUAUUACGUACCUCUUGUUGAGAGAAUGUUUAUUACACAUGAGCUUAAGUGUAAAAAAGAUCCAUCGACAUGUUGCUUAUCUGAGAAGUAGCUCAGUGAAGAGAGGGGGAAAGCCAAAUUGUUUUUUUUAAAGAAACUGUUCCUUGGCCAUGGGCUGUGCCUUAAAAUCAACGCAUGUCAUUUACUUUAGCCUUUUUUUUUUUCUAGUUCUCUUUUGCUGCAUUAGUGAAUCUUUUGGCUCGGGUUGGCCUGAUCUCCUGCUGUGAAUUUGAAAAUGUUGCCUUUUUACUAUCACAAACUGCUCUAUCAAAAAAAAAGUGUUUCUGGGUAGAAAGUGUAUUGUCGGUGCAGGGAUUCAGGUCAACCGCAAGCCAUAGAUGUACUACUUGAGUGAUGUGUGGCCUAUAGCCGGAUGUCCAAGAGUCGUAUUUGCUGUAGACCUGGUCUGAACAACUCGCACCUUCCUGACACCCUGCCACUACACUCAAAGAUGCGACACAACCGGCCGGAUGUAAACGACAUUGCAGUAACUUUUCUGUGUAUGAGUUACUGCGGUGUUGUCUCCAUCCAUGUGCUUGUAUCACAGCUACAAACACUGAAUGGGGUGCGACAGGAGUGUGUGAUCUCUACUCGGCCACAGCCUACGAAGCACAGAGUCUUUGAGACACAUCUGCAUGUUCAGCCACUGCUGCAUUAAUUAUGGCUGAAACACUGACAGUGUGUUGCUUAUCUAUGCUCGGCCCACACUUCCACUCACAUUACUUGCAAUAUCCAAAACCACUGACAUCUUUCUGCCUGGACAGGAGAAGGGUUUAGUAUAUUUCUGUAGUGAAGGGCGGGUUGGGGUGGGUGGGGUUCGGGAAUAUGGGUGGGUGCGUGCAUCUUUGUCCGAAAACAGGGACUCUUAUUUUGACACACAUACUGUAGAUUCUAAACAGCCCUGGACCAAUGGAAACAGUGGGUUCUUUUCUCAUUAUGUGUUCUAUUUUUUAUGGUAUGAAAGGAAAACACAAACUGUAACUUAAAAAAAGGUCUUCAGGACAAUUAUUUUUUGGGUUAUGUCUUUAGAAUGCCAACUUGUCUGGAAGUUUCACAGGACAAUUAAAAUGUUAUUUUAAUGGAUUCCUUGUUAAUUGCAGUCUAUUGGAUAGCACUGUAGAUCAUACAACUUUAUGUAAAAAAAUAAAUAAAAAGAAUGAAAAAAAAGUUUUUAUAUGCAAUGGAUUAAAUAAAAGCAUGGGUUGAUUCUGCCUACUCA